AUUGCAAGUGGAUUACAUAACCGUUUCGCUUUGGCCAUUUUCUCUGACCAGUCUCUGACACGUCUCCAGCACGUCUCUUCCGCUCAACUAGAAGGAUCCAUCUCCUUCAAAAUGGUAGUUCUCGCUGCUUCGAUAUGUACAAAAGGCGGAAAAGGUGUUAUAUCUCGGCAGUUUCGCGAAAUGUCACGAAUUCGCAUCGAAUCUCUUCUUGCAUCUUUUCCAAAGCUCAUUCCGACUAAUACCCAACACACUACGGUUGAAACUUCCGAUGUUCGUUUCGUUUAUCAACCCCUUGAGGAUUUGUACAUCCUUUUGAUAACGAACAAAACAUCAAACAUCCUGCUAGACAUCGAUACCCUUCACCUUUUUGCACGCGUAGUCUCCGAUAUGUGCAGAACAGCUGACGAACGUGAAAUAUUGACGAAGUCAUUCGAGAUACUUGGCGCGUUCGAUGAGAUUGUCAGCAUGGGAUACAGAGAACAAGUCAACCUUAUACAAGUCCGAAGCGUGCUUGAGAUGGAGAGUCACGAAGAGAAGAUCCAAGAGAUCAUCGCCAGAAACAAGGAAGCCGAAGCGAAAGAAGAGCUCAAACGUCGUGCCAAACAGUUGGAAAUGCAACGUAGGGAGCAACAACGUAGAACAGCCAGCUCGGGUGGAGGAAGCAAUUAUCUUGGCGGGGGUGUCACAGGCUAUUCUCCUGUUCCCAAAUACGAUGCACCAGACCCGACGCCUUCCCGCAUUACCACAUCUUCUCCAGCGUUAUCAAAUGCUCGUGCGCCUGCAUUCAAGGGGUCCGGAAUGAAACUCGGAAGCAAGAAGACCAAACAAGCUGAACUGAUCGACGCGCUGGGAGGAGACGUUCUUGCAUCACCUUCCCUUUCCACUGAUGUCUCUACUCCUCCUACUCCUUCUGUCAGCUCACCUGCAGCUUCUGCAUUCAGUGAAAGAGGAAGUGUGCCAGAAGUAGUGGCUGAAAGUGUUCACAUGGUGGUAAAGGAGCAAAUAUCGCUCUCCCUUCUUCGAGAUGGCGGUGUGCAAUCCAUGGAACUCAAAGGCGAUAUGAACCUUCUCAUAACUGACGCUGACCUUGCGCACAUCAAGAUCGGUCUUUCUCCGCCUUCCACCGAUUUCGGAAACAGUCUCCAGUUCAAACAGCAUCCAAAUGUCGCUAAAUUCGCUCCCGGUAAAGAGCGCGUAGUUGCUCUGAAGGACCCGUCAAGGGCUUUCCCCGUUGGUCAGAGUCUAGCUGUUUUGAAGUGGAGGUAUAAUGGAACCGACGAGAGUAAUGUUCCUUUGUCCAUAAACUGCUGGCCUUCCCCGUCAAACGACGGUACAUGCGAGGUAUCCAUCGAGUACGAGCUCGAGAAUGAGAACGUCAGUCUAUACGAUGUGGUCAUCUCGAUCCCUUUGCCUGAUGGCUCGUAUCCGACUGUAACCUCGCAUUCUGGUGAAUGGUCUUUGAAUCCUUCUUCUCAUUCUAUUGCUUGGACUAUAUCUGUUAUCUCCUGGAACGAAGACACCAAGUCUGGAUCACUCAUAUUCAACGUCGGCGGAGACGAUGCUGGCGCAUUUUUUCCUGUUGAUGUAUCUUUUGUUGCCAAAGGGAGUCUGGCUGGUGUGAAUGUGGAGAGUGUCACCAAAACAUCCGGAGAGCGCGUGGAUUCGUUUUCAGUUGAUUCCCUUCUGACUGUAGACGAGUACCUUGUAGUAUAAUCCUUCGGGAGUGAAAAUACUGAAGAUAAAUAAAUGAGGACUUCGGUUUUAUCUAA